AAUCAUCCGACAGAGAAGAACGCUCCAAAAUUUUCUCGGUGUGGGAUUUGGAAGAUGAAGUGCUUUCACUUCAGCAAUGGCGAGAAGAGAGGAAGCGGAGAAGACGAAGGAGACGACGAGGAAGUCGUUGUUUCCAGGGCCUCGAGGUUCUCGUGGGCUCGGUCCCUGAGCGUGGCGUCAAGCGCGUCGGACCCCACGCGCCGCUCCGAGUUCGACUCGGACUGGAGCUUCUCCCCCGACAGGUUAGGGUUUCCCCGGCUUCUGAGUCAACGGUGGUGCGGCGGAGUCUCGGCCACGAACGAUCUGAGGGUCUUCACUUUCUCGGAGAUCAAAUCGGCCACCAGAGGCUUCAGCAGAGCCCUCAUGAUUGGCGAGGGAGGGUUCGGUUGCGUCUACAGAGGCGUCGUCGAUGUCUCCGCCGGCAGAGAACCCAACGGUCGCCCGUCGAAGAUGAAUGUUGCUGUCAAACAGCUGAAUCGUCAAGGUUUACAGGGUCACAAGGAAUGGAUCAAUGAGGUGAAUUUUCUGGGGAUAGUAGAUCAUCCAAAUCUUGUGAAGUUAGUCGGGUAUUGUGCAGAUGACGAUGAAAGAGGGAUGCAACGGCUGUUAGUCUACGAGCUUAUGUGCAACAAAAGCUUGGAAGACCAUUUGUUGAGCCGAGUGCCUGCUUCUCUUCCAUGGAUGACAAGGUUGAAGAUUGCUCAAGAUGCUGCUCAGGGCUUGGCAUAUCUUCACGAAGAAAUGGAUUUUCAGCUAAUUUUUAGAGAUUUCAAGUCUUCAAACAUCCUGCUAGACAAGGAAUUCAAUGCGAAGCUCUCAGAUUUCGGAUUAGCUAGGCAGGGACCUCCAGAAGGACUUGGGCAUGUCUCUACAUCAGUUGUAGGUACUGUUGGUUACGCUGCUCCAGAGUAUGUACAAACCGGAAAAUUGACAGCUAAGAGCGACGUUUGGAGCUUCGGAGUUGUGUUGUAUGAACUGAUCACGGGAAGGCGAGCGGUGGACAGAAAUCUACCUCGAGGAGAGCAGAAGCUUCUAGAAUGGGCGAGACCUUACGUAUCAGAUUCAAAGAAAUUCCAUAUCAUUGUAGAUCCACGACUCGAGAGCCAGUACUGCCUGAAGUCUGCCCAGAAACUGGCUGCCUUGGCAAACAGAUGUCUGAUGAAGCAACCAAAAUCUCGGCCCAGAAUGAGCGAAGUGGUCACAGUUCUUGGAAACAUCAUUGAUGAAGCCUUGUGUGAUGUAGAGAGUGCUUUAACUCCUGUUGGUGAAACAGAAGAUAUUCGAGAACAAGUGGAUGGAGAGAGUGAACCCGAGUCGAUUAGACAAGGAAGUAACUACCUGAGGAAGGUUCUCGAUAUUAAGGACAAAGUUAACUUGAACAAGUCACUGGCGAAAAUCGACUGGCGUCACCGGAUGCCUGGGUUGAUAAGAACUUGGUGAAGAAAAACUCUUUCUAUUUAACUUGAAGAAAAGAAAAUGUUAUUCAGGAAACUGAAACUGAAUGUACAAAUGUUAAGCUCCUCCUUGUUAUUCUUGGAUCAUUUGUUGUGUAAAUGGGUGUAUAUAUUUUGUGAAAGGCUCAAUCUUUUCUUGGUUA